GCAGCCCGAGUAGCAGUAGCAGCGGCAGCGGCGGCGGCGGCGGCGGCAGCCUGAGAAGGGGGGAGGGAAGGAGGGAGAAGCGGGCGGGAUUAUUAUGGGCUGUGGGUGCUGCUGCUGAGCAAGAUGGAGCUGUCUGCAGUGGGGGAGCGAGUGUUCGCGGCCGAAUCCAUCAUCAAGCGGCGGAUCCGAAAGGGGCGCAUCGAGUACCUGGUGAAAUGGAAAGGCUGGGCCAUCAAGUACAGCACUUGGGAACCUGAAGAGAACAUCCUGGACUCCCGACUUAUUGCAGCCUUUGAGCAGAAGGAACGAGAGCGUGAGCUGUAUGGGCCCAAGAAGAGAGGACCCAAGCCUAAAACUUUCCUCCUGAAGGCUCGGGCCCAGGCGGAGGCCCUUCACAUUGGGGAUGUACACUUCUCUGUCAAGCCUGGCUCUAGCACCUCCUCACCCAAGCUGCACUCCAGUGCCGCAGUGCACCGGCUCAAGAAAGACAUCCGGCGAUGCCAUCGCAUGUCCCGGCGUCCCUUGCCCCGCCCAGACCCCCAGAACAGCGGGGGUGUGGGUGGGGGGUCUGGCAUACGUCCUCCAGUCUCACCUUUCUCCGAGACCGUCCGCAUCAUCAACCGCAAGGUGAAGCCUCGUGAGCCCAAACGCAGCCGCAUCAUCCUCAACCUCAAGGUCAUUGACAAGGGUGGAAAGGCCGCAAGUGGAGGAGGAGGCCUGGCCCGGCCAAAGAUCCCCUCACGAAACCGUGUCAUUGGCAAGAGUAAGAAGUUCAGCGAGAGCAUCCUCCGCACCCAGAUCCGCCACAUGAAGUUCGGCACCUUCUCGCUGUACAACAAGCCGUCUGCUGCACCGGCCACAUCUCUGGAGGGCAAGAUGGAGGCAGGGGGCUCACAAGGUGCCUCCUGCGCACUGAUCAUGGGCUCCACCCCUUACGAUGCCCGCAGCUCCAGCUCCUCAGGCUGCCCCUCUCCUACCCCUCACUCCUCCUCCGACCCAGAUGAUUCUCCCCCAAAGCUGCUUCCCGAGACCCUGAGCCCCGCCAUCCCUGACUGGCGCGAGUCGGAGGUCCUAGACCUGUCGAUCCCACCGGAAUCAGCGGCCACCAGCAAGCGCUCUCCCCCUAGGGGAUGUGCUGGGGGCCAGACACCCUCAUCGUCCCUCUCCUCUUCUGACCCGGAGCAGGAGGCUGGCGACUGGCGCCCCGAGAUGUCCCCCUGCUCCAACGUGGUGGUCACAGAUGUCACCAGCAAUCUCCUGACCGUCACCAUCAAGGAGUUCUGCAACGCAGAGGAUUUCGAGAAGGUGGCAGCGGGUGGAGGAGGCAGCAAGUGAGAAGUUGGCUCCCUGCUUUGGGGGGGUAGGGGAGGCUCUGCUGGAAGAAGUCAUGGUGUGAAUGGCUGUUGUUAGUUUUCUCCUACUCUCCCCCCUCCCCUUCCCCGGUUCUUUUUCUUUCUGCUCGGAGACUGGGGUGGGAGUUGGAGGGCAGAGGUGUCUGAAGUUCCCAGAUGUCACAGCUGCGAGGGGUUGGGCUGGGGAAUGAUAAUUUGUCUUCAAAGAACAUGUUGUCAAACUGGUAUGGCGCCUGGACGACAACAGGUUGUGUGUAUGUUGGGGCUGGGUGGGGAAGGAUCCCCCCAUCUUUUCUGAAGAUAUGGGGGAGCUCCUGCUACUGGAGAGAUGGAUAAGGCAUUUGAAAGGGGCUGUGCUCCCCCCACCCUCCCCUUCUGCCCUGCACUGUGUACACACUCUUCCACUUCUCCAGUUCUUCACCCUGCCUUCUCCCAGGGCAGCUCUGACCCUCUCCUUUCUCUGUGGCAUGGGAUGGCUGUCUCUUAUGAUCCAGCUUCAGUAGCUCUGGCUGUAUCUCUGGGAGAGGGACGCUAUCGGGGUGGGGGGUGGGGGGGUGGAAUAGAAGGUAAAGCAUCAGGGCUAGAACGAGAUUGCAACAGAGCCCGAGUGGGGGGGUUGUACCCCUACAACACAUGCCCCUGGCUCACUUCCUUCUUGCUUUUACUAGUGGUGCUAACUUGGCAGUUGUAUGGGCACUUUGAGACCACCUGGGCCCUUCCUCCUCCCUUCUGCUCCUUCCCUUCCAGAUCUUCCAGUCUGCUCAGCUUUGUUGGGCCUGUCACUUCCAGCCUGGAUCUUCCUCCUCGUGUUCGUCAUUUGCACUUGCUCGGGUCUGAGGUAUGCCGUACCCUUCCUAAGCCUUUUCUAAUGGAAGUGGGAAAGCCACACGUCCGUCCAUCAAUUCAGGAGGAGCAAUGGCUUGGCAUGACAUUACCCCAGCCGGAUGAGGUCAGCAAGUCUUGCCUCCCAGGGAAAAUAUAAGCCUCCGUGGCUCCACUGAAUCACUUCACAGGCCAUGUGUGUGCGAAGGAAGAUCUGCUACUCUUCCUGCUCAGUUUCAUCUCUUUCUGGUGGGUGGGUUGGAGAGAAUUCACCACAACCAUUUCCAGGAUCUGAAAUUGCCUCUACAAUUGUCAACCAAAGGUGCUAAGAACCUAUUGUAAGAAUUACCGUGUCUUACAUUGUGUGUGUGUGUGUGUGUGUGUGUGUGUGUGUGCCUGCCUGCCUGCCUGCCUCUCCUUCCCCUGCCCCCCACCCCACCCCCAACUCCUUGGUUUUACAUGUUCAGUGUGAAAUUGGAUCUGGAAUCGCCACCACCCUCUGUAAUUGGAAGCAGGCAAUGAUGUGGCUUUCUCCACUUCCUUGAGACAUGCUCUUAAUGUCCAAGGUGCAAAAGCGCUCUUCUUUGCCAUUCCAUGGCUUGUUUAAUUCUAUGUCAGUGCUGAGCUUUGUGGCUAGAUACCCCUCCCUCACUUCCCCACUCCUCUGUUGCUGAAUCUGUGAAACACUGGAGUGUGGGGAAGAGAGGCUGAUUAAUUUAGACUGAAUUAGUGUUGCAGUGAGUAUCUGCCUUGAUUCCAUGACCAUGGGGAAAAAUGGGGGGAGGGGGAUGUUGCCUGUUGUGGGAUCCAUAAUUAAUAAAUAUGCCUACAGGUGUGUGCGUACUGGGGGGAGGAGAGAGGAACUCCGCUCUAAGGACUCUUCUCACACACACACUGCCACCAAAAUAACUAAAUUGGGUGGAAUUCACCCCUUUUGUGGUUUUGCCUGCAGACACCCUGGAUUUGAAGGGUAUGUCUACACUACAAGCACUACGGCUGCUGCUACGUCACUGUAGCAUAAACACUUGCUACAGUGACAGAAGGUGGUUUUUUGUCAGUGUAAAACCACUGCUUCAAGAGGCGGUGCUUGGUUGACAGAAGAAUUCUUUCACUGACCUGGCUGCGCCUACAGUGGGGGUUAGGUUGACCUAACUACAUCGCACAGGGCACAACAUUUUUCACAGCCCUAAGUAAUGUGGCUAGUUCGAUCUAAUUUUUAGGUGUAGACCAGCCUUAAAACUCACCUACUGCAAAAUAAAUGUCCACACAGAGACUUGCAUCAAAAUUUUAAAAAGGUGUGAAUUCAAACGAGUUUAGUUCCAAUUUGUGUGUAGCCAAUCUGAGAGAUGAUCCCGCAUGUGGUUAGUUGUAUUCCCACACAAUCACAACACCCCCCCCCCCCAACCUGCCCAUCUUUUGUGGGUUUUUUAAACAAAACUUUUAAAAUCCAGCAGAAUAUUUCAAAACCAGUUACAGGGUGGGGGAGACUUCCCCAUUCAUUCAUCAGUCCAAGGCUUCCUGUAAUUUGUUGGAUAUGUACGUGUGUAUGUGAAUUAAUACCUGCCUGUUGUCUUUGCUUUGUUUUGCAUCUUUCCUUCACCUUGCGCAUGCAGGGUUCUCUUAUUUCAUGGUAACUUAUUCUAAUGGCUGCAGCUUCAGAAACAAGCAGGCUGGGGAAAUGUGGGAGAUCUAUAUUGGGAGAAUAACAAAGAGACUUGUGUUAAAGAGAGAUGAUUUUAAAAAGGAAUUAAUUUAUGAGGCUGCAAGAUAAGAGGAACUAUUUUACAGAGUAGAUGCAUGCCAGCCAGUCACUUUUUUUUUUUUAGGUUGCUUGGUUACUCUUGGCGUGUAUGUGAUGGCGUUCUUGUUUCGUGGUAAUAAAGUUCAGAAAUAUUUGAAAAGUUUAAGUGGGAGAAAAAAGGGAACUUUAAUAGGAAACUCUUGACAUGUUUUAGCCAAGAAAUGUUCACUUGGCAGAGGUUUUUUCCCCCCCCUCCUGAUGUCUGUUUGGUGUUCCUGGAUUGUUUUCAUAAUGAGGGGUUUUUGCCUUCCUCUGGAGCAUUGGCAGGAGGAUUGCAUGGGGGCUUGGUGACCCUUCUUCCUGGAAUUAUAAAGAGGGGAGAGGAGCACUGGGCUUUGGAGGAACUCGUAUCAUAGAUCAUCUCUCUGUAGGAAGGAAGUGCAAUCCAGACAGGGCAAGUAGCUUAACUGCUUGUGUCACCACCCUCCUGGGUGGGUCACCUGUGGGGAUUGAACCCUGAACCUCUGGAUCUAAAAGCAUGAGUCUCUAUUGCUUGAGCUUAAAGACCAGGCAGUAGUAGUCUCAUAAAUCUUUGUGUGGUCCAGCCACUAGAGGCUGACAAAACUCCACACUGGUAUGAAUGUGGGUUACGCUCACCUUCCAUCUCCGAUUUAUUUUUUCCUCCCUCCCUACAGGAAGAUAAAAGGGAGGUCCCAUCCAUGCUUUCAGAGAGGGCAUAGGGUUGGGGGGAGUAUUCAAAAGCAUUCCCCCCAAACCAGGGAAACAGUCUGUGUCUGUGCCAUGUUUAUUCUCUUGUUGUUGUGUUUUUAGAGGAGAUUUUAUGAUGGAAAGUGGAAAAAGUGAAAUGAAUAGUUUUGCUAAAAAAAAAAAAGAAAGAAAAGAAAAGAAAAGAAAAAAGAAAA